AUGACUGCUCGUCAAGAACACUGGAGAUCUGUAGCAGAAUGGCGUUGGGCUGUUGUUCCUGACGAUGAUGAUGUAUGUGCCAUCUGUAUGAAUCCUUACGAAUCCUGUUGUCCUAAAUGCAAGCUGCCAGUCAUUGGAGUAUGUACUCAUGUAUUCCAUAUUCACUGCAUCGAAGAAUGGAUCGAAACAAACGAUCCUCCCACUUGCCCAAAAGAUCGUACAAGCUGGGCAGUGAAAUCUUAG